CUGAACCUUGAAAUUGUGAGAUGUGAACACGACCUUUAUGGUACGAGUACAGACCCUUGGAUAAGGCGGUUGUGCAGCUGGACAACCUCAACAUUCUUUCAUUCAGCCCGAAAUAAGUGGCUGGUUUACCGUCAUGCCCUCCAACCGGCUAUGCCAGAAGAGAUGGUGGUCGUCAUGGAGCUUGCUUGGAAUCAUGAUCCAGAGAAGCGGCCUGAUGCUAGUGCUCUUCGGAAACUCUUAGAAGAAGUGAACAGAAGUACGGUGGUGACGAAGGAGCGAUCUAAGUCAUCAUCUGUGUUGAAAAGUCGUGCUUAA